AUGUUCAAGUUACCUGAUUCUAAUGCACAUCAUACUUCCAUAAACAAUAAUAAAUAUUCGUCCGAAUUCGAAGCUGAUGAUGUUCAAGUGUGGACAAAACUUUUCGAUCGGUCACAAAUACUCGAUGACAGAGAUCGUCAUCGAAUCAAUCACAUAUUUAAUAAACUCAUCACAAGUAUUGUCAAAUAUGAACGCGAACAAGACUUUCAAUUACUUGAGGCACUUGCAAAACGAAUAUUGUCACCCGAGAGCAGCAGAGGAGAAAAUGAAGAACCAAUAGUAUUAACUGCGUUUGAUCAAGAACGACUGAUAAAACUUCGUACGCUUUGUAAACGUUUGAAAUAUUAUGAUUUUAUUGAAAAAUUACUUUCAACUAUGUUCAUACGGGAAAAAUCAAACGAAUUAUUUCUUCCACCAAUCAAUAAAACGCCUCCUCGAACUCGUUUAUCAUCUCUUUCUUUUGACGAUGCUCGAAUUUCGUUACCACUGAAGAAAAAACCACGAAUAUCAGCAGCACAAUCCCCAACAUCAAAUUUCAAUCAAACAAAACCCAAACCGACAAUAAUGAUGCAUGGCCCACUAACGUUACAAAAUAUCUAUCAAGCAAUUCCAGCAGCGCCGCUUCAAUUUGCUGAAAAUGAAUAUGUUUGGCAUGCCAAUCGUCCUGUGAAUAUGAUCGAAGACAUUAUUCAUGAAUACGAAAAACGACAUCCAAGUGAUCACUAUACAGCGCUAAGAGAAUGGAAAGAGAGAAACAUGUAAGAAGAAAUAGAAUUUAUUCUUCGAGUAUUUCAACUUUAUUUGUACAGAAUGUCGAUCAUUAUGCGGAAUCAAUUACACCAAAUCAAAUGAACGGAUUCGAAACACUU